GUGCUGCCUUGCCCAGCCGUUUCCUGCCCGGGACGCGGCGGAGCGGAGCCGAGCGGAGCCGAGCCGAGCGGAGCCAUGACUCACCAGACCGGCAUCCACGCCACCACAGAAUUAAGGGACUUUUUUGCCAAAGCCCGAAACGGUUCAGUUCGGCUCAUCAAGGUCAUCAUUGAGGAUGAACAGCUUGUGCUGGGAGCCCACAAAGAGCUGUCCCGGCGCUGGGACGCUGACUACGAUCCCUUCGUGCUGCCCCUGCUGGACGAGCAGCAGCCGUGCUAUGUGCUGUACCGCCUGGACAGCCAGAACGCCCAGGGAUACGAGUGGCUCUUCAUCUCCUGGUCCCCCGACAGCUCCCCGGUCCGGCUGAAGAUGCUCUACGCUGCCACCAGAGCCACGGUGAAGAAGGAGUUUGGAGGGGGGCACAUAAAGGAUGAGAUGUUUGGCACAGUGAAGGAGGACGUGUCCCUGAGUGGUUACCAAAAGCACGUGUCCUCCAGCUCUGCCCCGGCCCCGCUGACCGCAGCCGAGCAGGAGCUGCAGCAGAUCCGCAUCAACGAGGUGAAGACAGAGAUCAGUGUGGAGAGCAAGCACCAAACACUGCAGGGCCUGGCCUUCCCCCUGCAGCUGGAUGCCCAGCAAGCCAUCCAGGCACUCAAGCAGAAGAAAAUCAACUACAUCCAGCUGAAGCUGGAUCUGGAGCGGGAGACCAUCGACCUGGUGCACACAAGCCCCACAGAGAUCGCUGACCUGCCCAAGAGGAUCCCCCAGGACUCAGCUCGCUACCAUUUCUUCCUGUACAAGCAUUCACAUGAGGGAGACUACCUGGAGUCUGUCGUCUUUAUCUACUCCAUGCCCGGGUACAAGUGCAGCAUCAAGGAGCGCAUGCUCUACUCCAGCUGCAAGAGCCGGUUGCUGGACACUGUGGAGCAGGAAUUUUGCCUGGAGAUAGCCAAGAAGGUAAGUGCGAGCCCACAAGGAGAUGACGGAGCAGAGACCCGUGCUGGGCAUCAGCAAGGGACUGUGCUGCAGCCCCUCUGCUGUGGCGGUGAACGUGCCGAUGUUGCCUUGGCCUCGGUGGAGUCAGGGGGCUAA